AUGCGUUUCUCUAACACCCUCGCCCUCCUCUCGAUGGGAGCCAUGGCCUCGGCCUCGGCCCUCCCCAACAUGCUCGGCGCGUACGACCUCGCCAUGCCCAUCGCAGAGCGCGACGUCCCCACCAUCGAGUGCGACAACGAGCCCAUGUACACUGGCAGCCUCAAGCUCGUCAGCGCAAAGGGCCGCGAGAGCAACGCCGCCUUUGAGGGCAUCCGCAACGCAGACGGCCUCCAGCAGCUCGACGUCGGCAAGGCCGGCGCCGCCGCCCGCGAGGAGCGCUUCUCCUUCACCAGCUGCAGGAGCUCCUUCAUGGGCUACGACACCGAGUACACAAAGGCCGCCGAGGUCUACUUUGGCCGCCUCCAGCCCGCCUCCCUUGUCGGCAAGCGCUGCGUCUCGGCCAGCCAGCUCGCCGUCGACAGCGCGCGCCUCGUCGCAGACAAGUGCUCGAGCUCCGACGACUCGGGCCAGAUGCUCCAGUUCUGGGUCCUGACCAAGCAGCCCACGGGCAACGGCGAGGAGUUCACCUACUACCUCAGCUUCCCCGGCCAGCCCAAGGACGAUGGCAGCGGCGACUUCUCGGGCAGCUACACCAUCUCCAAGGUCACCCAGGACAACAACAAGCUCGUCAAGCUCGCCUACGAGGAGGAGGAGGGCGCCCCUUCGCCCUACUUCCUCAAGCUUGCCUAA